AUGGUGGCCGAUCCUCCCAGGGGAGACCCCAAAAGCCUGGCGGCGGAGGCGCAGCCCUUCCCCAACGGUGCCUCGGCGAUGGUACUGGUGGAGGACGAUCAAGACGCACCCAGGGGCUGCUGCCGUUCUCGGGCCCAGGUGCGCCGCUGCCUUCGCGCCAACCUGCUGGUGCUGCUGACGGUGGUGGCCGUGGUGGCGGGUGUGGCGCUGGGGCUUGGGGUGUCGCGGGCAGGCGGCGCUCAGGCGCUGGGCCCCGCGCGCCUGGAGGCCUUCUCCUUCCCGGGCGAGCUGCUACUGCGCCUCUUGAAGAUGAUCAUCCUGCCGCUGGUGGUGUGCAGCCUGAUUGGAGGCGCUGCCAGUCUGGACCCCAGCGCGCUCGGGCGCCUGGGCGCCUGGGCGCUGCUGUUUUUCUUGGUCACCACGCUGUUGUCGUCGGCGCUCGGUGUGGGCUUGGCUUUGGCGCUGCAGCCUGGCGCGGCCUUCGCCACCGUCAACACCUCGGUGAGGGCCCUGGACGCCGAUGAAGUGGCCCCCAGUAAGGAGGUGGUGGAUUCGUUCCUGGAUCUUCUGAGAAAUAUCUUCCCUUCCAACCUGGUGUCCGCAGCCUUCCGCUCUUACAGCACCUCCUAUACCCUGAAGCUGGUCAGUGGAGCCAACAAUGAAACCUGGGUGAAGGUGCCUCAUGGAGAGGAGGUGGAAGGCAUGAACAUCCUGGGCCUGGUGGUCUUUGCCAUCGUCUUUGGUGUGGCCCUGCGGAAGCUAGGACCCGAGGGCGAGCUUCUUAUCCGCUUCUUCAACUCCUUCAACGAUGCCACCAUGGUGCUGGUCUCCUGGAUCAUGUGGUACGCCCCCGUGGGCAUCAUGUUCCUGGUGGCCGGCAAGAUUGUGGAGAUGGAGGACGUGGUGACCCUCUUCGCCAGGCUGGGCAAAUACGUUCUGUGCUGCCUGCUGGGCCACGCCAUCCACGGGCUCCUGGUGCUGCCUUUCAUCUACUUCCUGUUCACCCGCAAGAACCCCUACCGCUUCCUCUGGGGCAUCAUGACCCCACUGGCCACCGCCUUCGGGACCUCCUCCAGCUCGGCCACACUGCCCCUGAUGAUGAAGUGUGUGGAGGAAAAGAAUGGCGUGUCCAAACACAUCAGCCGCUUCAUCCUGCCUAUUGGGGCCACGGUCAACAUGGACGGGGCGGCUCUCUUCCAGUGCGUGGCCGCUGUGUUCAUCGCCCAGCUCAGCCAUCAGUCUCUGGACAUGGUGAACAUCAUCACUAUCCUGGUCACUGCCACAGCGUCCAGCGUGGGGGCAGCGGGCAUCCCUGCCGGAGGGGUCCUCACACUGGCCAUCAUUCUCGAAGCUAUCAGCCUGCCUGUUGAUUAUCUGUCCUUGAUCCUGGCCGUAGACUGGCUGGUGGACCGGUCCUGCACUGUCCUCAACGUGGAAGGUGAUGCCUUUGGGGCGGGACUUCUCCAACAUUAUGUGGAUCGCACAGAGCCAAAGAGCACGGUGCCGGAGCUGAUCCACGUGAAGAGUGAGACGCUCCCGGCCCCCACUGAGGAAGGGAACCCCCUCCUCAAGCCCCACCCAGUCCCCACUGGGGACGCUGACACCUUUGAGAAGGAAUCGGUCAUGUAA